ACACCUCCUUUUCUUUCUAUCGCGCCUUCUCUCUCGUGCUCGACAUUUGUGCAAGGCAGGCGAGUGGCACACAAGUGGAGCUGAGCCGGGAAAGGACUCACACAAGGAGGAACUUUGUAUUGGCGUCAGAAAAUGGGCGAAAGGACGACAUUUGUGCGCCUUUUGAUGGGGUUUCUGCUCAGCGCCACAGGUGCCUGCUGCCCCAUCGAGUUGAGCCCCCCCAGGGUGGCGGUGCGAUACGGAGACCCCGUUUCCAUCAACUGCAGCACCUCCGACCACCUGUACAAAGGGAUGGGUUGGGAGUCUCCGCUGGGUGGCACGGGCCUGAAGCCUGUGCGCCAUUUGACUUGGAGCGUGGACGCACUCACCAGGUGGCACAUCUCGCCCGUGUGCUUCCUCAGCCCAGUGCCCAAAAGCGGACGAGACCAAUGCUCCAAGAACCCAGACGUGGUCGUUUACACAUCUCCACAAAAUAUCUCCAUCCAAGCCAACAGAUCUGUUGUCAAAGAAGGAGAGCCGGUUGAAGUGACGUGCAUCAUUAGGAGGAUCGCGCCGAUUCACCGCGUCAUCGUGCGGUGGUACAGCAGCGAUACGGUCAUCACGGAAAGACGCGCUGAAGGGUCAACUGAAGGACUCGUUGAUCUUCUUUUUGGCUACAACUAUGAACAUUUCAAGUCGUCUUCGGUACGGCAGCAGCAGCUUGUCAAGCUCAAAUGCGAGGCGGUUUUGGACCUGCUGCCCGAGGGGCCGCAACUCAGUGCAUUUUCACCCGAGUUGGAGCUCACAGUUGAAUAUGACAUAGAAGACAUCGAGCUCACGUGUCCAAGUAACUACACUGCAGUGGAGUACGCUCCUCACAACCUCUCCUGCUCCGUGGAAGGCGGAUCUUCCGAAUCUUUGAUCACCUGGUACAAAGACGGAGAGGAGGUGGAGUUAUCGGAGACACUGACGAGAUACGACGCCGGGCAGUAUGUCGUCGUUGCCACCUUGUCUUCAAGCAUGGUCAAUGCCACCGUGGAUCUCAAUGUUGUAUAUCCGCCCUCGCAGAUAGAGGAGCUGGAAGAUAUUGAAGUGGAGCUGGGCUCCGAAAUAUACCUCCAGUGCGCCACCAGAGCCAACCCGCGACCCGAAUACUCCUGGAGUGCACCCACUUUUCUGGACGUCACUCAGGUCAAUGAAGAUGGAGUUUCCCGUCUCCUGAUACCCAAUGUGGCUUCACACCACACGGGCGUCUACACUUGCUACGCCAGCAACGAAAGAGGAAGUGUCACUAAACAAGUCACAGUGAGUGUAAAAGAGUGCGAGCCCAACUGGUUUAGGUGUGCAAAAGGCUCGUGCAUCUUGUCGCAUCGGAUGUGUGACGGAGAAGACCACUGCGGUGAUGGGAGCGACGAAAUCCAGUGUGGUGAGCAUCAUGAAUGCCCCAUUAGGAUACAACCUGAGGCCCUGGUGCUCCAAUACAUGGGUGAAAGCCAGAAUGCCACGUGCAUGUUCACGAGCACAAGAAAUGCCCGAACCAUAGCCUGGGCCGGAGGGCCCGUCUUACACCACAACGAAACAACUUGGACUCCUGACACCCAAACAGACUGGGAUCCUUCUCCUCACUGUGCCGUCUUCUUCCAGAAUCAAAUGAUUUGCAAGAAGCCUCUUAACUUCAUCCUCUACAAAAUGCCCGACAGCAUCACCAUCCGUCCGGUCAACAAGUCGAUCUUUUUGGAGGGCAAGCUGUGCCAGCUGCGUUGUGACAUCACCAACGUGGCUCCCGCACAAAGCCUCAUUGUGCGCUGGUAUCACGGCAAUCGAACCAUUGAGCCAUCAGUCAGAGAGCCUCUGCGAUUGGUCGACUGCCCACAAGAUUCGAACACGUCGUGUGAACCGGGCGCCAUCAGGACGCCGGUUAACGUGUUUGCCAGCGCCGGCUUCCUCCUCAACCGAACACAUCACGAAGCAGCUUUAAGUUGCGAGGCGAUUUUGGAGUUGGGACCGCUGGGACCACGGCUGUCACCCACCGUGAUUUCACGUGCUGUCAGCUUCAGCGUGCACUACAAACCGGUCAUCAACACCACCAAGCUCCCGAGAGUCGUCCCGCUGUUCCGAGGUUACCCCGAGGAGCUCGUGUGCGAAGCAGACGGUCAGCCGCCUCCCGUCAUCUACUGGUCAAGCGGCGUUGAAAACCCCUCUUGGGAGUCAAGAGACAACAUCACCGUUUUUAAAGCAGGCCGCUACACCUGCAAGGCCGUCAAUGACGUGGCGUCGGACGUCCACACGGUUGAAGUGGUCCCAAAAGAGGACUACCUGCCCCUCAUCGCCGGAUUCGUGGCGGCCACGGUGGUGGUCAUCUCGGCCAUUUUCCUCUUCAUCUACUCCAUCUAUUACAAGAAUACCAAGAUGCGGCGCUACAGUCUGAAGAACCCCAAACUCAGCGGCCACAACGCCAACGUGGCGCACAACGGCUGGGACUUACAGUUCCCUAUGACCAAGCUGUCGUGUAAAGAACUACCUAUUUUCCCCGCUUUUACGAUGAUAGUCAUCCUAUUGAGCUGCUUAAUAGUGUAUGCAGCAAAGCCUGCAAGCACUUCCUGCCCACUAGAAAUAACUCCUAACUUUGUGCUGGUGCCUUUCGGCGGCUCCAUCUCAGCUGUAUGCAAGUCCUUAUCCAGUCAAUCGAAGGGAAUGGGCUGGGAGUCGCCAGUUGGAGCCAAGGGACUGGUGAAGGGUGUGUCCAACCUCACCUUACAAAUAGAUUCGUUGCAACGUUGGUACGUGGAUCCCAUCUGCUUUGUCAAUCUCAAUGGUUCUCAGUGUACGAAGGAUUUACCUGUCACCGUCUACAAAAUGCCGGACAAUGUGUCCAUAUCGUUGGAGAGUCAUGUUGGCCCCUUGUCAGAAGAGCAACUCUUUUCCGUGCGGUGUGAAGUCAAUCAGAUUGCGCCAAUACAUCACGUCUCUUUGGAAUUGCUCAAUGGCAAUAAAAGAGUGGACAAGAUAUGGUUCAAUGACACUGACGUCAAAGAGCCAGUUUCCAAAUUAAUUCGCUUCUUACUGUUAUCCAAGAGAGAGUAUAAUGGAGCACAGUUCCACUGUGAGGCAAGGAUCGACCUUGGCCCAUUGGGGCGCCUUCCAGAGACGUCCUCGGAGCCGCUCGAGCUGAUUGUGCAUUACGCGCCGACCUUCAGCCAACCAACAAACGAGACUCUGACGCUCCAAGUUGGCAGCCAAAUGAGUUUAGAUUGCAGCGCCUCAGGAAACCCACAGCCGGAAUACAGCUGGAAGACGCCUUACACGUCUAAAGUGCUGACUGAAACUCAAUCUGUUUUCAAUUCCUCUUUCAAGCAUCCAGGCACCUACGAGUGCACCGCCGCAAACUCUCAGGGAACCAUCACCAAGCGCUUCACGGUCACCCAAGCUCCAAGACCUCGAAGAACCUUGGCAUUGGUGCUCGGACUGUUUGUGGGCCUGGCAGUCGUGCUCUGCAUCCUGGGAUAUUUUUUUGUCACUCCCCAAGGGACGUAUUCUUGCAAGAAGCAGAGUUAUACUCCUGGAUCCGCGACGUCAGAUCCUAUACCUGUGAAUUUGCUUCUCCCCAGUGUGUUGUCAAGACAAUCAUCCAUUUUGUUGUACUUGACAAGCAUUAAAUGGGCAUCGAUAGUGCUUUUAAUGUCAAAAAUGAAAUGUGUUCUUGCAUUUGUAAACUUUUGGAUGGAACAAACGUUAAAAGGGCUCCUUCACCAUCAAGUGAACAUGGCCAAUGUGGAAUCUCUGCGGUGGAUUGCAGCACUGUGUAUGUUUUGCUCAGUUUCAGGCGACGGCUGCUCCCUAAUCCUCAAGCCCGCCAGGGUGGUGGUGGGCUUCGGGGAGCCGGUGUUGGUGAGUUGCGAGGCGACCCGGCCGGUGCGCGUGCUGGGCUGGGAGUCGGCCAUCAGCGCCGCGCACACGCAGCAGGGCCCGAGCGUCCAAUGGAAGGUGGACAGCCUCAUCGACUGGAUCGAGGAGCCCAUCUGCUAUGGGGUGUUCUUCACUGCGCCGCGCCAGUGCGAGGAGAAGCUCAACCUCGUCCUCUAUAAAAACCCAGACAGCGUCACCAUCACGGUAGUGAAUCACACCGGGCCGAUGGUGGCAGGAAAGGAGUACCAGCUCUUGUGUGAGGUCCAGAACGUUGCUCCCGUUCAGUACCUGAACUUGAGGUGGUACAGGGAGCGCAUCGAGGUGCAUAACCGCUCGUUUGCCGAGCUGACUUCUCCCUCGCCGGUGCAAAUCUCCUCCAUCUUCGUCAUCACGCCCUCCGAGGCCGACGACGGCGCUCGGUACAGCUGCGUGGCUGAGUUGGAACUGGGACCGGAGGGACCUCAACCACCUCUGACUGUCACCUCUAAGCCGCUGAGAGCGUCUGUGCACUUUCCUCCGAUGUUCCAAAGUCCCGAGGCAGAAAGCGUGGAUGUGUCAGUCGGUGGCGAAACAACGCUGAACUGCACCGCCACAGGGAACCCGACACCCGUCUACAGCUGGCAACCCGAGCCGGAGCCAAAACAGGAAGAUGACCAAGGAGCUGUGCUCACUUCCUCCUCGUUGGUGCCUGGAACCUACACCUGCACCGCAUCCAACUCGCUAGGGAAGAAGAGCAAGCAGUUCACUGUCAAAGCCAAGAGCAAAGCUAGACAGAAGGUGUGAACCAACCACCAGGGAUUUUUACAACACAUCCAGUAUUUAUGCAAAAUUUGUCACAAUUUUAACAUAGAUAGCUGUCUAGUGAGGCUUACAGUAGAGUGAACGUAUUUCCUCAAAUUGUUGCCGAUGUCAUUAGCUAUGACUGAUAACCACCGUGUGUCAUCAUGUAUGCCAUUACCACAACAGUCGGCAAAUAUGCAAAGCUGAAGUUCAACAUGUGGAUUCAUCCAUCUAUUUUCUACACUGUAAGAAUAAAGGUGCUAAAUUUGUACCUUU